AUGCAUUAUCGAAUUUGUAAAUUAGACCCAAAUAAUUAUCGUGGCGCUCCUAUUGACGAUCUAAUAAUAUAUCGACGAACGGGUUACCGCGGAAAAAACCUGCUAUUAUGUUGGUGUAUUAAAAAAACGACAUCCGGACUAAAAAAGGUCCAAACAGGAAGGUGGACUUACAUUUAG